UGCAGACGCCGACAAAUCCGCCAGCCGGUGCUGUUACCGUUCCAUUAAAAGCCCUCAACUUUCCCUCAAAAGCCAGUGCCCGCCUCUGGGAAAGCGGAUAAUUACUAAGACUUCCAUGGUGUUAUAAGUUACCUGUUUCAUCGGACGAAAGUACCGUACGCUGCGACAUGAUGCCAUCAAUGGCAAAUGAACUUCCCACAAAGUCUAACGGGGAACGCGAGGCUCCAAGUCCACCUACAUAUGCCGACAUGAUCAACAAGGCGAACAUGGGUGCAAAAACACCUAUGAACGGUAUCAAUCAAGGUCGUCUGUCGAUCUCCUUCACCUCCCGGAAAGGUGACGAAUUUGCCUCGCUGAUCAGAGCCGCCAAUGCAUUCGAGGCUGCAAAAGUAAAACUUUCUCACAUGGAAUCACGAACGGUAGGAGGAGAAAAGGGCGGACAGGAGUUCCUCGUUCAAUGUGACUUAUCCAACGGUGCCUGUCCGAAGAACCUAAUCGCUUCCUUGCAGAACUGUGUCGAUUCAGUUGUUCUGCACGAGGAGGACGGCUCAGAGAAAGAAGAAAUUUGGUUCCCUCGUCACAUUUCCGAUCUUGAUUUAUGUAAACACCUGAUACCUGGAUUUACGCCAGAUGUUGAUCUCGACCACCCGGGUCAUUUGGACGAAGAGUAUUGUGCACGGAGGAUGGAAAUUGCCCAAAUUGCCUUCAAAUAUAAGUAUGGCCAGCCCAUCCCCAGGGUGAAUUACUCCGACGAGGAUACCAAAACAUGGGGCGACGUGUACCGCAAAGUCACCAAGCUGUUUCCGACUCACGCGAGUAAAGAGUGCAUCGCAGGGUUGAAAACUCUUGAAGAUAUUGGACUGUACAGUCCCGAUUUUGUUCCGCAACUUGAAGAUGUCUCCAAUUUUCUGAAAGAGAAGUCUGGUUUCCAGCUCCGUCCGGUUGCCGGUCUAUUGACAGCUCGUGACUUCCUGGCAAGCCUGGCGUUCCGCACCUUUCAGACUACGCAGUAUAUACGUCAUCAUUCAUCCCCUGCGCACACCCCCGAACCCGACUGCUGUCAUGAACUGCUUGGGCAUGUACCUAUGCUGGCUAGCCCAGAAUUCGCCCAGUUCUCUCAGGAGUUGGGAAUGGCAUCUCUGGGUGCGUCAGACGAAGACAUCGUCAAACUUGCAAGGCUGUACUGGUACACCGUAGAGGUCGGUUUGUGCAAGGAGGAAGGGCAGGUCCGCGUCUAUGGUGCUGCCGUGCUUUCUUCACCGGGGGAGACCAUGUUCGCCCUUUCGGACAAACCGGAGCGAGUACCCUUUGAGGCGUUAAGGGUGUCCAUGACAUCGUUCGAUGAGAAGAAUUACCAGCCCGUCUUCUUUGUUACAGAGAGCAUCGAAGAUGCCAAACAGAAACUUCGAUCUUACACUAACACCAUGAAGAAACCAUUUGAUGUCCGCUACGAUCCAUACACCAAGAAAAUCAUAACUCUGGAUCGUGUGGAGAAUGUGCGGGACACGGUAAGGGAGAUGAAAGGUCAGCUCAAUACUGUGUCAUCGGCCCUGGAAAAGAUAUCUGCCUAGCCCAAGCACGUAAACGCCCCCCACCCCACAGAACGGUACCGGCAUCGUCAGAUCAACAUAACAAAUUUGUCGACAGACGCUGGCGGGGUAAGCGGAGGACCAAUGGCCCACGACAAAAAUUACCUUCUGUUUUGAUCCCACUUCACAAAGUCGGUUUCUAACGAUAUACUGUUAACUGUUAAGACUGUAUAAUUAACUGGAAACAGUUCAUCUGUUCAUUGUCCAGAUUUUGCGCUCAUAAUCCCGUGGAUGCUGUUGUCAGUGUAUUCACAUUGUUGUUAAAUUCUCCACCGAUUGCACUUCUUCAGCCAUGGGCCCCUAGGUUACGGCACCGAAGUAUUGGGCACUAACAAAGCCUAUAACUUAUAAAACUUAUUCGUUGAAACCUUUGGAACUCCGAAACAAGGGGUCGAGGUGGGACACCGUCGGAAACAAUGGUGCGAAGUUGGACUGAUGCAGGAGAUAUUGAUGUUUAAUUCCAUUCCAGAAUUUUCCAUUUUUCAUUGCCAUUCUUGCUUGUGUUGCCAUUUUUUUCAGAUGUAAGGACAUGCUUUGUUGAACACUAUGCUUAUAUUGUAUAAUUUAAACUUGAGUUAUAAUUACCUGAUUUAAAUACAUCAUCCUGUCAAAGGCAAAGCAUGCGGUUGAUAAUUUACCAUUAAAAUAAAUUCUAAUUAAUAUAACAUUCUGUUUGAAUUAAUUCAUUCAUGUCGGUUACAGUGUAAUUAUAGAAAGACCAAGAUAAACAUUCUUCCUUUUUCGGGGUAUGACGCUUCCGUAAUUUUUGUUUUGGUUUUAGUUCUCCGUAAUGUAAUGAUGUAGCCUUUUGGGUGAGUUACAUUUACAGCACACAGAAUAAUUAUCUUUGCAAUGGUGAAGGUUUAUGGAGAAAUACAUUAUAUUUGAUAUUUAAACUCUUUAUGACACUAAACGUUCUUUGUUGUAACACCUACGUUUCAACUGCCAAAGGGCUUGAGCAACAAGGGCGGGUAUAGUAAUCAUAAGUCCUCUCAAAGGGCGCACAGACAGUUGCUUAUAGUCAAGUCG